CGGGCGGGUUUUGACGGCAACGGCAACACCGCCUGCGACAUUCCUUAGAAAACGGGAGCGCGGGAAUCAAUAAAGGAUUUCCUGGCGGCGUGCCCACGCAUGUGCGUUCCGACGAGCACGAGCGCUGCUGCUGCGGCGACCACACUGGUCCCGACCAUGCCGCGGCCACGACACUUUAUGCCCCGCUCAAAUUUUACUUCCUACUUACAGGUGUUUCAGGAUCAAUUAAGCAGUUUACCAUCACCGAGGACCGCACCGGUCGCUGACCAUCAACCCUCUGAACGAAUAAAUCUCAGUAAUAAGUAGUAGGCUGUGUUAUUGGGCGUAUGAUCGGUGCGCAACGCCACUGCGGCUGCGGGGCGCGGACGGCGGCGGGGGUGGCGGCCGGCGCGGCGGCGCGCUGCCGGCAAGCUUCCCGCGCGGCACGUUUGUCCUCGCCCGCGGCUCGCCCGCACCACCGUCUCGGUCCGACCUAACCUGAUAUUUUACACACUCGAUGACUCACAAACAUACCGGCUCUGACACCAGGGUAGUGUAGUGCGAUCGUGUUAGAUGUGAGCGGUAGUGCUGUGUGGUUCUGGUGCCUGUGAUGUGGGGAGUGCGAUGGCGCUGAGAGGCAGCAUGUCGCCUCUGGCGCUGUUCAUGCCUCUGCUAGCGGUCGCCGCGCUUGCAAACCAGUUAGAGGACAUACCCCACAAUGAAGUCAAAAACUGGGCGUUGAAAUUCGGCGUAGAUUUAUGGGAAUUUGGAAGGCACUUCACCAAAAUGAAUCAAAUACAAAACAAAUACCACGAGUACAACGUGGAGGUGGCGCGCAAGGACGGGCUGCUGCUGGUGCGGGAGCUGGCCGCCGAGGUCAAGAACCACAUGGACUUCAAAAUUAACGCCGUCAUGCGUAUUAUGGACUCGGCAGAGGCGGCAGCGCUAUCGUCGGGCGGCGCGGACGGCCCGGGCGCGUACUACGACGCGCGCUGGCUCAACGUGCACGCCGACGACGGUACGCUGGCCGCGCGAGCACGCCGCCUCGUGCUCGCGCCCAGCCGACACUUCGACCAUAUCGCCGUCAACGCGAGCUACAGCGCGGUGCUGAUGCCACCCUACAUCAACGUUGAAAACGGCGACGUGCAGAAUCAGAUCGCGUGGUCCGAGCACCUCGACCCUCUGUUUGUGAACAACUACGACAUCGAUCCGUCGCUCUCGUGGCAAUACUAUGCCUCAUCCACUGGCUUCAUGAGGCGGUAUCCAGCCAUGUCCUGGCCUCCUGAAGACGGCUAUUCGCACCACGCGCGCGACUUCUACGACUUUCGCUCGUCCAACUGGUUCGUGGAAGCGGCCACUUCUCCCAAAGACCUGGUCAUCCUUCUGGACGACUCGGACGACCUCGGCUCUUCAUACUGGAGGCUGGCUAAGGCUACAGUAUCUGGGUUACUGGACACUCUCGGCCCGAAUGACUUCGUCAACGUGUAUCGGUAUAGCGAUACCGUGUCGGAGAUACAUUCGUGUUACACGAAGAUUUUGGCUCAGGCUGUGCCGGAAACGAUAAGGGAGCUGAAAACCGCGCUGUGGGGCGCCGAGGCGACGGGCGGUGCGGCCAAUAUGACUGGAGCGCUCACUACUGGAUUCGAAAUUUUGCAUAGGUAUAACCGCACCGGGCUAGGCUGUCAAUGUAACCAAGCCAUCGCGGUGGUGGGCGCGGGCGGCGGCGCGGCGGGCGUGAAGGGCGUGUUCCGCACGUGGAACUGGCCGCACAUGCCCGUGCGCAUCUACAGCUAUGGCGUGGGUGGCGACGCUGCUUCCAGCCACAGCAUGAAGGACAUGGCUUGCACAAACAAAGGUUUCUACGUGUCGAUAAACGAGCACUCGGAGAUCAGACCGAAGGUGUUGCAUAUGAUCGAGGUACUGGCACGACCGCUCGUCAUGUACCAGACUAUGCAUCCUGUGCAUUGGAGCCCCGUUUACGUUGGCGGAAGGAGCAGCAACCUGGACGACGAUGGGAUGGGCCAAUUGAUGACGUCAGUGACGGUGCCGAUAUUCGACAGGAGAAACCAUACGCAUCGAGAAGCUAAUUUACUCGGUGUGGUGGGCACAGAUGUACCUGUCGAUCAAAUAAAGAAGCUCGUUCCACCAUACAAGUUGGGAGUAAACGGUUACUCAUUCAUGGUGGAUAACAACGGGCAUGUGUUGUAUCAUCCGGAUCUCAGGCCUUUGUAUACCAAUGAGGAAUACACUGAGACGCUCCGUCCGCUCUACUCCAGCGUGGACCUGACAGAUGUAGAGCUGCUCGUGGACGCGGACGAGAAUUCACGCGUCAACCUCACGUCUCUACUGCUCGAUCUUCGACACGACAUGAUUGAACAACGCGAGGGUGAAACAGAGAUCGGUGUGAAAGUGCAAUAUGGCAGCAUGCGCCGCGUAGCCACGCGCCGACAGCGUUAUUUUUACAGUCCAGUAGAAGGGACGCCGUACUCUCUCGCCAUAGUGCUGCCCGACGGCUAUGGCAUGUACGAGCUGCAGGCCGAGCAGGAGGUCAAGCACAGUCCUGUCAACGUUACCGAAUAUUUUAAAGGAGAUAACUGGAAAAUCCACCCAGAAUGGGUGUACUGCGAGUACGCAUCUACGUCCGAGCAGACAUUCAACUCUGCAGAGGAACAGUUAGUGCACUUCCUGGCGCGCGCGGGUCGCCCCGGCUGGAAGUGGAUGAGCCUGCGCCCGCGCGCGCUCACGCUGCACAACAUGCACAAGAAGCAGGACCGGGACUCCUAUUACUGUGACAAGAAUUUAGUUCAAUCACUCGUACGGGAUGCUAUGGUAAUAAAAGAAUUGGACGCACACACUGGACACGCGAGCCACCACAACCACCCGAUAGCAACUUUAAUGGCACUGCUGACAAGGCAAGGGCGGUUCCACAAGUUCGUGGUCUCGAUGUCGUUCAUCGCCACGCGCAGCGGCCUCUUCCGAUGGACGGACAACAACAACAGCACGAGGACUGGUGACACCUCUGAACCUCACUUCAGCGAGCGCUACGCACGCGCGUUCGACUCCGAGUGGUACCGACGCGCCGUCGAGCACCACAACAUUGAGCCGGAGAGCUUCGUGUUUUCCGUGCCGUUCCGCGACGGCGCCGAGUCCGCCGCGCCGCCGUUGGUUCUGGCCACGCACGCUGUGUUCGUGGAGUCGCGCGGACACCGCGCUCCAGCGGCCGUCGUCGGCCUGCAGUUCCAACUGGACUCGCUCGCUAAGCACUUCCUCAACGUUACAUCUACGUGCACAGCUGGUACAGUCUGCAAGAAGACGUGUGCAGGCGACGCGCUCGACUGCUACAUUCUGGAUGACAACGGUUUCAUCAUCCUAUCGGAGGACGCGGCGCAGACCGGCCUGUUCUUCGGCCAGGUGGACGGCACCAUCAUGGACUCGCUCGUGCAGGACCGCAUCUACAAAAAAGUCACAGUCCAUGAUCGCCAAGGACGUUGCCCGGACUCCAGGAAUCCUUUCAGUGGGGAUGGAAAUAAGCUGACGCCGUUUAAGCCUCUAUCGUGGCUUGGAGGAUAUCUCACCAGUUUAAUAGCGGUCUGGUUUCCGCUAUGGCAGCCGGCCAACGCUCACGCUCACCCCUAUGCGGACGAUGAUAUGGACUACGAAGACUACGAACACGAUGGUGACGAUGAUCCCGAGGAGGAAGAGCGCGACCGUGGCAAAUACGAGAUCAUCAUCGAUGGGUACGGCGCGGAGAGGCCGGUGGAGCGGCCGGCCGGCGCGCCGCGCGAGCCGCCGCGCGAGGCCGCGCGCUCCGCCGCCGUGCGCCCCUGUGACACCAGCGCCGAGCUGUUCACGCUGCAGUCCACGAGGCUCAACGCUGCGCAGCCGCUCAAGGGCAAGCUCACUAACUGCCACAACUCCGGCUGUGAGAGACCGUUCAGCGUCCAAAAGAUCCCGCACAGCAACCUGAUCCUACUGGUGGUGGACACGCUGUGCCCGUGCGGCGCCAAGCGGCUGGACGUUCGCGCACGCGAGGCUCCGCCGCGCACCGUGUGCCGCCGCCACCCCGCGCACGCCACGCGCCGCCGGCCUCGGCACUGCGUCUCAUAUCACCCAGAGGAAAUCGAAAUCCUUUCGUGCGGCCGCGGCUCGAGUACUCGGGCGCCGUGGGCGCUGCUGCUGGCCACAGUGGCGGCGCUGCGGUGGCUGGCGCGCGGCACGUGACUGCCCGCCCACCUUCGCUAACUCCAUCUUUGCUAGAACGCGAGCCCGGAGCUCGAGCUCAUCGGACAAACCCGCUAAAUGUUCCAGCAUCUUUGUUAUAUCCACAUUCUACUUGUUCGAGAGCUUCGAGGUAUUGUUGUUCAGUGCUCCAGUGUGAGGACAGUUGGCGAGCGCUCCCGGGCGGGCCGGCGGAGCACCGAGGCCCCGCCCUCGAGCUCUCCUAGGUUACGUCGCGCGGAACCACGAGAGUGGAUCUAUUUUACCGACUGAAGUUUUGGUCCGACCAAAUGAACUUUUGACCUUGUUUUGAGACAGGACGAUACUCGAUUUAGGAAACGAUAAUAAAUAAAAUUAAUACUUCUCCCUCUCGGUUAAGUUUCAAAUUUCAUAUUGCGGUAGGUUCAUACCGCCGCGUGCAGUAAUAGGUAGGUAACGAAUAUCUUGUUAAAUUUAAAUCGAAGAUUAUUACAAACUUGGAGAUCGUAUAAAUUAUAGCUAAUGUUAAUAGAUAUUGAAAGAUAAAUUAAUGUAAAAUAAAGAUACCUAUGGUUUAAAAAAUGUUUUAGAAAAAUUUACCUCUGUUGAUCCGAAACUCGAUUUAUUUCUUGAUAUCUGUCAUUCACAUAUUUAUAUCGCUUAACUUAUUAACUAGUUGCAUAGGGUUGAUGUAAAUAAGAAAUAUUUUAUUUGUAGGCAGUUCUUUUGCUGAAUUUAUGUGUGCCCGUGCAUGUUACCUGUUAGCCGUGGUGUCGAGGACACAAUCGUAUUGACUGUUACCUAUUUUAGAAAAUUACAUCUACUCGAUAACAUACUAGUGAUUGUAAUUUGCCCGCCCGCUUUUGAUUGUAAUUUGUGAAAUCCAAAAUGGCUUAUUUAGGCCCUGUGGGUACCAGUGACAGAUUGGCAGCCCACUUAAUACAAUUUUGAUCUCACUUUAAUGCAAGGAUAAGGCUUCUUCAUUUAUAUAAACUUACAGCUACUGUCUCAUGUAGUCAGCAGAAGAAGUGGCUAAGCGAGGCAGGAUGUCCGAAAUAAUUUGCACAGGCUCUUAUUCUCUUAAGAACAAAGUUGUGUUCAGAUAAUUGUAAACACUUCGCCCGCUUAGCUUCUUCUGCUGUUGACUGAUCAAAUGAACACGAGCCGCAGCCGGCGCGGCGCUACUCCUCGACACCGCGAUGUGCCCACUUUCAUACGUCUAGUUGUUAGUGAUUUUCUCGCCUAAUCUUCAAAUAAUGCUGUAAUUGGGGAAUCUGUAAACAGUUCCAUAUUUUUAUUGUAAAUAUUUUACUAACUUAAAUGGCCUACUACAAUUUUAGAACGUGUGUUGCUAAUAUUUAAGUCGUUCGAUAAUUGAAUUAAUGAAACUACGUCAUUUCGAUUCAUCAUUAUUCCGUAAUUCUGAUGUCAGGAUAAUUUUUCAAAAUCAGCACUUUUUACUUUCAUACAAAGAUUGACUUUUGACAGUAUUAACAAGAUAAGCUCAUACAUACACUUGUUUACAUAUUUGAUAUAAAUGUGAAGCUAAAUAUAAUUAAAGUUGAGAUCCCGUAUACCUUCUUACCUAUCGAAUAUAGACAUUUUGUAUAUCAUAUCAAAUAGUAAGUAUAUAUUUAUAAUCUAGUACACGAGUACGCAGCUUGCUAUUGUCCGUUGUAUGUAUAAUUCUAAACGUGUGAAAUAGUACAAAAACCAUAGACAUGUAUAAAAUACUUAACACACUGGAAGUGCCAAACCACAGUCUAUACCUUUUAUUUCCGAUUACAGAUUUUAGUGAGUGCUGGUGAAAGUUAGUUUAGUAAACGCCUGUAUGGGGUUUAAAAAACGGCGCCUGAAUUUACGCAUGAAUAAAAUAAAUCAUCUUUGGAAAUUCUGAACACCCUGGAUAUUGUAAAUGUACUUUGUAAUACAAUUUAAAUAUUCAUAUUAAAUAAUUAAAAGCGACAUGGUAGGUACUUUACCUAUGACAAUGUCCAAAUGUUAAGGUUGACCAUGUUGCUAAAUCCCGAGGACAAUGGUGAGCGACUACUUGUCCAUCACAUGUUGGGCACAGCGAUCUGUUCUACCUAUACCUACCUACCUAAUGCAUUGAAGCACUAACAAGAGAAUUGGCAAUUAAAUAUAAAGGUAGGUAUGUGAAGCAAGAUGGCUGAGAACGACACAAACGUAUCAUCGACUAGAUCGGUCAUAUCACGUAUUGUAACAUACACAUAUUCAAAAUAUAAAGACAAUUGUUGGAGGGCGAUUUUGAGAAAUUGUACAUUUUGUAUAAAUAAUACAGUAAGGAGUCGAUAUAAUGGCGUAGUAGAGGUUUGUUGUACGGGUGAGUGGCGAAUGGCGAACGACUGGUGAUUGAAUUGCUUCUAGCAAGCGUCGAGUCUUCCAUAGCAGUCGAACGCGUCUCGAGUGUUUACUAUAACGUCUAAGUAUUAAACGAUAAUAAUAUAGCGUAAUAUACUUAACAUAGCAUAUAGCUGAGCCCGCCGGGCGCGGGGCUGAGUGGGUUUUUUACUGGCACUUGGCGGGAUUUAGUUUUACAAGAAUAUAGACACAAAACGAAUACCUCGUUUAGUUACGCAAAACGUAAAUAGCUAGACAGAAUUGUGAUUAUUUCGCGUUUAUUUCUCGAACAUAUCAAUUCAGGCACCAAAUGAAACUAUAGUGUAAGCGAUUUACUAAUUGAUUCUAUGUGAUUUUCGAAUACCUAAGUUAAGUUUACCUAUCAAGUGAAACAGUGAUCUCAAAAACUAUGCCACUUUUACAUUUCGCAUUAUCGGUGUUGUACGUUUUGCUCGAAAAAGAAAAGCUGUUUUUCACAUUCUAUCAUUAUGAAAUUAUUUCCUUUCUCCCAUUAUAAUAUUUUCAUUAAUUAAAGUUACUACAAAACUUUUUAGGAUUAUUUUAGAGAUCUGUUUUAGAAUUAGGCACGUGGACAACAAUUUUGAAGUCACUGUUUUUAAUAUUAUUUCUUGUAUUCACGUAAUAAGUUGUACGAUUGGUAUAGUUCUAAUAUUGGGCACGGCCACUCUUUGAACAUGGUUCUUUAGUGGGAAUUUAGAGAAGUACUUACUCUUCUUUUGUUAAUUUCCGGAUCAUGCUAUAGAUAUACGGUAAUUAAAACAAUAAAGUUCUCUUAUAAACAUUGUGA